UGUUGUUCAGUGUCACAGCCAACGGAGCAACAUUCGUAGCUACGAACCUGACCUCAAUGCGAUUGUUACAAAUCAGCAUCACCCCAGUAUAUUCACCGAAGCAGUGUAUUGUGAGAUAUAUCGCGUCCUCAUUAUUCUCUCUACGUAAAGAGGGGGACAGAGUCGCUUAAUGCCAACAGGAUGCCUUUGGAUACAGUUCUUUGUCUCGACACUUCGGGAUCCAUGGGAUGGAAUAACAAUGAGGGCAUCAACCAGCUCAAAGCAGCUGCGCUCAAAUUUCUGGAAGGAGUCGAGGAAACUGCAAAGCAGGCGAAUUUAAAGGAAAAUGUUGCCAUAGUUGAGUUUGGGGCCAAGACCCAAAUAUUGCAUAGCUUGUCAAACAACUAUCCAAGUCUCAAAAUGAAAAUCCGUGGACUUAGUGCCAAUGGAACGACUCCUAUGAAAGAUGGUUUGCUAAUGGCUCUUCAGGAAAUUGGAAAAAAUGGUGGUGUUGUCAGUGUUAAUGGAAGAAAACUUUGUCCACGCAUUAUUCUCAUGACUGACGGGAAACCUACUGAUGAAAAUGGAAGUGAAAAUGAACAGGCCUUAACUGCAGUGCUGUUGGUCGCUGUGCUUUUUGGUCCUCGCUGGCAAGAAGUUGGUCUUCCUUAUAAGAUCCCAAUCGCCUGUGUUGGCUGUGGAAAGGCUGAUCAGAAACUUUUGGCGAGUAUUGCACAGACAACUGGAGGAAUGUACGUGAUGGUGCAAAAUAUGGAGGAACUCAGCACUUUUUUCAAGCGCCAAGUGUUGCUGUCCCGUUUUAUUGCCCAGUUUUCGCAUGACAUGACACAACUUAGGAACUUGCUCGUGUUGCAGCAGUUUAUGCGAAGUCUCGGCGAAGAUAUGGAGGAGGGAGAGCUGCGUCCUCUCAUGGCUCUGCUUUUGGCCAUGUUGGUUGCAGAAGAUGAUGACAACAAUAAUGGGAACUAUCCCAGACCCCCCCCAUUGGGGACACGUGUUCGCAGAGGACCUCACUGGAAAUGGGGUGAUCAAGACGGAGGGAGAGUGGGUACAGUAGUGGAUGCUGGUGGAACGCCUGGUUGGGUGGAGAUUCAAUGGGAUCGCGGGAAUAAGAAUUCCUACCGUUAUGGAAAAGAUUCCGCUUUUGAUGUCAAAGUUGUUGAUGAAAACAGACGCGUGCUUCUCCUUGAAGGAGUUCAAGUUGGAUGUCGUGUGAUUAGAGGACCAGACUGGAAAUGGGGAAAUCAGGAUGGAGGAAGUGGGAACAUCGGUCGCGUCUACCACGUAGGCGGUGGAAUUGCAAAGGUCCGCUGGCCUAAUGGAAACACUAACACCUACCGAGAUGGCGCAGAAGGAGCACAUGAUCUUCGUGUCCACCCUGCGGAUGUGGUAAUGAUGCCUGUCUUAACUGUUGGCUCACGGCAGCAGCCGUCUGAAGCUUGUCUGGUGAUGUAAAGCUUGAGAACUGUUGUGUCCGCCUGAGUAGUAAAAAGGAAAAACAGCCCAAGGUCUUAAUCUAAGUCUUAGUUGUAAAGCUGUAGGGUUGUCUAGGAAAAGCAAUAUUUUAGAUCAGAAACCGAUAUUAUACUGCGAUGGGCCCCUUCAUUAGAUACAGCUCAGCACAGAGCAGAGUUCGAGCAAAAGCUCGCAUUAGCAGUGCACUUUAUCAGGAUCUAAGAACAAAGCAAGUCAAACAAUACAACAUUGGACGAUUCCGGACAUUAACGAUCUGGAUUGAUCUAGAAACUCAGUGAGGUCAAAACUGAUUUUUAGAGAUUUAUCAUAAUCAAUCUUUAGGGUUUGCUGUUUUCAAAAAAAUAUAUACAUAUAGGAGAAGGAUACAAAGAAACUUUAAUGUUGUUACCUUUUACUAAAAGUGCAUAGAUUUGAUCUGACGAAAUCUAUGAGGCAAGCGACUAGAAUAGAUGGCCCUCGCUUCGUAAAACAAUACGCAACUCCCCUUUGUAUCCGCCGGUAACCCGAAUUAAAGCUACCUGCACAAUUUAUUAGAGCUGAUCGGUUAAUGAUCAAGCUUUUCAAAAGUGAAAAGGGGUCCUGUUUUGGAAAAAGUGAUAGCACUUAGUUAAAUUUCAAAAACCAAACCCGCGUACCGUAUGUAAGAGCUGUUUUGUAGUUAGCUAAUAUGUAAACUCAUUUACAGGUUUUUAUAAAUGAUUGUUGUGAAUUGAUUAAUACAUUUCAUGACAAAGAAAAACGGUCUGUUGUUGUUUUCGGCCUUAAACACGGAAAUGUAUCUUCCGUGGGUUGAAGAGACUAAUGAAUUGUGAGCAAGAGAUUAUUAUCUCUUGAUUGGGAAUAAAGGCAAAUCUCAACAAGAAA